UAGGUGAUUUAUUUUGCUACUUUCAAUGACAUAACUGAAUGGGCUAGGAUGAAGACAAUACUCGUAGGGUUUUAGCUUACAUUACUUGUAAUGUUGACUUCAUUACUUCAACCAGCAAAACUAAGAAACACACAUUGAAGGUGGAGUGGUGGACACACCCAGUGAUGGAGUCAGAAAAUUGAACAAUGAGCUAAAUUUCUAAUGUGAAGGACUCGAACCGUGAUCAUUGCUGAGGGAGGCUAGUGCCUUACAACCUAGUCUACUUUUAUAAUUAGCUAACAAAUUUUACAUGUAAAUUUACCUACAUUUGAAAAUUGAGGGAGGCUGGUGCCUUACCAACUAGUCUACUUUUGUAAUUAGCUACAAAUUUUACAUGUAAAUGUACCUACAUUUGAAAGUUGCGGGCGGCCUGUUGUCUCCCCUAAACUUAACGUGGCUCGUUCACUUGACACGCCUAUUAUAAACUUUCUAGGGGAUAUUUCAUCACCCGAAGUCAAAGUUUUCAAGCGAGGUACAAAACAUGUGUCUUACUACCUCUGGUACGAAUCAUACCACUCAUGGUAUUCCCGUAUAAGAGGGGUAUAAUUCGUAUCAAGUGGUAAGAUACUGAAUUUUGUAUAUUUUGUAGUUCUAAAUUAGUUAAAUUCAUGGUCCAUGAAACUGUACCGUACCAGCGGUUCAACGACGAAAUACCAGUAUUGGAGACUAAAUCGGUAGUCGGUAUUUAACGAUUUAGCGGUUGAACGGCGAUUAAACCACGAUUUUACCAUAAAAUACCCUACCGCUGACUUUCUCGGUACGGUUUCAUGGACCAUAGUUAAAUUGCAUUUGUAACGCCAAUUACUAUUAAAAAUUGAAAUAAAUAUUAAACUACUCAUACACCCAGUGGCGGAGCCACUUGGAGAGGAGGGGGGUGCUUGGAGAAAAAAUUUCCGAGUAGGGGUAUCUACAAAUUCUAACCAGUGACCAUUCAGUUGCAGGAAGAAUUUCUUAUCAUUUUGAUCGAGUGAGUUUUGUUAUGCAAUGCACUUUCGUCUUUAUUUAUAGUAAUAAAUUGUUGUCUUUUGUUUAAACUCGCUCAUUUUUUUUUUGUAGCUCUACAACAGAGAAAUUUCUUGUCUUUUGUUUAAACAAAGUUGAAAAUGAAGAAGUACGAUUUUUUUUUUUUUUUUACAACAACAUUAGUCCAUUAAUAUAACAAACCAAUGGAAGGUAACAGAUAAAGGGCAAGCCCAAUAAAGGUUCAACAAAGAAAAAAUAAUAGAGUUACAGCCCAACACAAAAAGCCCAAGGGCCACAAACCAACCCAGCAGAGGACAGAAACCCUAAAAUUUUCCUUCAUCCCACCGCACAUACAUCGCGCCGCUGCCGAGAAAAGGGGAAGAUGGCAUCUCCUCCGGCACCAGAUCCAAACAGCUGAUCGAAAAAAAACGAGCAAACCUUGCUGAAUCUUGGAAGGGGAGACGUCAAGAGCGAACAUCAAGAAGAAUGAAGCCCCCACAAGGACACAAACCACUCGAGGAAGGAAGAACACAAACUCGAGCAGGAGGAUCCAAGCAGCAAACCCAGAACACGAAAUCAGCCUCCAAAGUACGAACGAUAACCCUGCUCUCAGAAAACAAGGAAGAGAGUUCAAAGUCACAGAAUGGACCAAAGCUCCACCGAAUCACCACACCAUUCGGGCAAAGCAAGGAGGAGGAAGCUCAUAAUCCUUGAAGAAAGAAAGCAAACUAAAGAGAAAACUCCUUAGCUCAUUCUGAAACCACACCCAAAUCACAGAUCUGUAAACAAUUCCAAGGUACGAAUUGAAGUUCACUUGUUUGUUUCACAAAAUCAAUUCCAAGGUACUUCUGAGUUCUAAUUUGUAAUAUUUGAUGAAUGGAAGUCUUGAUUUGUAUGUACAGAACUUAUUUGUUUGACGUUGUAACCGGUGUACGUGAAACUAUUUUAAUGUAAUUGUAUGAAUUUAGAGUAUUGCGGUUGUUGACUUUUUGUUUAAUUUAUAGUUGACUUUUCUAUUGUACAGCUAAGUUUUUAUGAUAUGAUAAAGACACUCCCUUGGCCAAUUUUCUGGCUCCGCCACUGCAAACACCCAACCCUUAAUUACCAUUAUUAUUGUUUAAUCCCAUCAAACUCGCUCUCUUUCCCAAUAUUUUUGGGGGUGGACCAAAUUCCAGAACAAACGAGCCGCACUCCCAAAGUUCUUCUCUUUCCCCCUUUCUCCUCGAUCCCUCGCUCCUUUACUCUCUCAUCUGAGUUACAUGGAUGAAACCCUAAUCUGAACACUCCUUCAUUUCAUAAACCCAUCUCCGAUUCCUUUGUGUCUCUUCGAUGUCGUGAUAACUUGAUCCUGUUUUAGAUGCAAGAGAAUACUCUGUAGCCGCCGACUCCGAGAAUCGGGCUUUGAUCAGAAAUUCGCCGCCGCCAGUGACAGGGGACGCGAUUGUGGACCGAGCCGCCGGGGAAUUUGACGAUCGGCGGGCGGUUGUGGGCGCCUCUCAGCUAUGUCCAUUUUGUAGAUGUUUGGUGCGAAAUUCUACAGUGCCUAUCAGGUGUUUGCGAAGUUCCCUGUGAGUGAAAUUUCUUGUUUGUCUAUGCUGUGUGUACUGCUUGUGCAUUUUGGUUUAGCUCAAGAAUGGUCCAAUUGAUGAAGGCCUUCUAAUUAGCUUCUGUUAGGAUAUAGAAACCAAUGUCUGGCUUGGUCUCGUUAUAAUUGUCACCCCAUUCGAAUAUCCAAACACAAAAGCUUCCUAGGUGCUCUUUUGUUCUGUUCCAUGCUGAAGAAGAUUCUGUAAUGGAUUGCUGCAAUAUAGGGUGGGGAGAAAUGAUAUCUUAGAUUACUGCUGUUAAUAUAAUGGGGGAAAAGAACAAAAUUUGCUGCAAUGUGUUUUUUAUGAGAGAAGAACAAAAUCCCAAUAAGAUAUGGACAAGGAGAAAAGCUUUGGAAACUCUAUGAGUCCUUAUUGACAACUUCUCUUCGUUAUCAAAGUCCUUAUUGAAAAUGCUUAUGUACAUUCCCAAUGUGGUUUGGCGUUUGGGAUGGCUAGCAUCCAAUAAGAAUGAAAAUUUUGUAUCAUGGAUGUCCAUGAUUCUGGGUUGAUACCAAGGCAUGACAUAAGCAUUUUCAAUUCUUUUGUUUGCUUUUUACUUAUAGUUUCCUGUAUGGUGUUGAGAACUUGUGAAGCUGGCUAGCUAUCUCUAGCUAUGUCUGAAUAUGAAAGCCGAAGUUAGUUUUCAAGUUUCCUGUUAGAACCAAAUGCCUGCCCUUUUUCUUCUAGGACUUGAUGCUUAGGGUUUUGGUUGCCAAAAUACGACAUGCAUUAAAUUCUUGUAUUGGUUGGUCAGUAGAAUUACUUUUCACAUAAAUCUUCCACCAUUAAUUGCAAGUACGUGCAUGAUCAUAUUGGUAUUAUUUUGUUGGAGUGUACUCAGCUAUCACCAACACUCAUCCGGACAAUUUACAGUAUCAUAAUUAAAUAUUUUAUUGACUGAGAUAUGAGAACUAGGGAUGCUGAUUUUUCUUAAUGAAGGCAAACGCCCAUUUUGUAUUGCCAGGGGGUGGAUCUGACCUCAGUUGCAUCUAUGUCCUCAGAACUUUCAGUUUCUUUGUUUGAGGUCUGCAGGAGUUUAUAGCACAAGAUUGCAAAAUGUACACAUGCACUCAAAGGGAGAGCUAUUUAAUGAAGGUCCAAUCUCAUAUUUCUCUAUGAAGUUCAACUUCUUUGCAAGCUUUGCAAGAGCUUCAUAUGGCAUUGCAUGGCAUAAGGCUUAAAGCCAAAUGACACCAAUUGCUUUUCUUUUGGACAGGUAAAACUAGCAUGUUCCAUGUCCGAAAGGUUGUUUUUCCAUGGUGAAAGUUAAAGAAGAGGUGAGUUCCCUAUGAUUUCUCCGUGAAUUAUUAUCUAGUUGCUACCAUUUUGUCAUUUACUUUACUUGAUUCGCCUUUGUCCAUGCAUCAUAUAUAUGAUGAUGAACAAAUUCCCUGCAAAUGUUAGCCAUCUGGUGUUGCAGCUACUAGAUCACCCCUUUUUUGUCCCUUUCCUUUGGUUUACUUCGAGACUUUUGCCCGCCAUUUUUUCUUACCUUCUCCAAACUUAGAACCCAGGAAGCUGCUAUAAACAAGUCAAAUGAAACUGCAGUUACAAGUUUGAGCUUUGACAGUAACAGUGGAUUUCUUUUCUGGAGAAAUUUUUUUAAGCCAAGCAUUCACUUUUUUCUCCUUCCUCUCUCUCUCUCCAUUGUCACCAGCAACUGUUUGAGUCUAAGGUCAUUAGAUAACUUCUCGCCCUAAUCUUCUGUGUCUUGCGUCAAAGUCACAGUAAAGGUGGUAUAUAUUACUUCCUGAAAAUAACGGCAUAAGCAGUUUUUUUUGUAGUGAUCCGAAAUUCUGAUGUUAAGUGAAGCUCACUGCAAUUCUAUAUCUACUCAAGAUUAACUGAACAUGCUUUUGAAACGACGGUCCUUGGCAUCAGAGAUCCCCCAGUGACAUUGAAUCAGAAUCAACGACAUUACUUACUUGCUCAAUCGGUAAGUUGAUGAAAAAUAAAACAAUGACAAUACUGUGUUCCAGAUUCCCGGAUUCCCUGUACCCAACUGAUUUUGCUGUUCUUGGCUGCAGUUUGCAGUCCUUCCAAGAUGUGGGCUCUUACAAAGACUCUAUUCUGAUACUCCUGAAUCCUGAUGAUAGAACUCGAGCCGAGCUCUACCUAGGGAAUAGGGAUUAGGAUCAACUAGGGAUUGAUCCUGGGAUUUGGGAAAUGGAAAGAGUGGAUUUGGGGUUGGUGAAGAGAAGCGGAGGGAAAGGAGGUCGCAGCCGUGACAACUGAGGAGAAGAGGAGGGAGGAGGGCUCGGCGGCCAAAGGGAGAGAGAGGAAGAUUAACAAUAGGUUUAGGUUUAAUCUUGCUUAGUUGUCUAAUUCCACUUACAAGUGAUUAAUAUAAUAAUUGGGUAAUUCCCUAUCGCUACCCGACAUAUAAUUUAUUUCCCAAUUCCCGAAAUAGUCCCAAUAAUCUGAAAUAACAAUAAUCCGAUAAUUAAUAAAAAUACUAGAUACUAGUUUCUAUUAUCUCCGCUUUCUUCGGAAAACAACCUUGUCCCCAAGGUUGUCCUCUAGCUCACUAGGUCUCCUCCUCGCCAUCUCCGGCGUCCUCAUAACUGCGUCCUCCGACUCACAAGGUCGAUUAAGUUGGCAUACUUAAGUUCACAAUGCACUUUUGUAUAAUGGUAACUAGGAUGUUGGAGCCUGGCAUAUGUGUUGUGACCAUUUAAUCACUUUUCCGGGUUGAGGAUGCCAUAAAUAAGCUUAAAGCAGUGUUUCUCUUUUUUCCUUCCUGUUAAUAUUUUUUUAAAAUAAAUUUUCAUGUGAACUUCAUGUUCAAAUUUUUUCGCUCAGAAAGAUGUUUUGAUGGUAAUAUAUAAAAGUAUUAGCCAUUUCUAUAUUUUCCAAAUUACAUUGUGUUCUUCGAAAAAUAUUCAUAGUCAUUUUGCAGUUAAUGUUUCGUCAUUACAAAUUAACGAUUAAUGAAUGGUAUUUCAUUAUAAACGAGAUAAUUUACAUAAGAAAUAAACGUACAAAGGAAUAUGACUUGCAUGACAAAUCAUGCCAAUUUACAUUAUAAACCACAAUCUUUUUUCGUUGUAAAUUAUGACUACUUACCGUACAAAUAAAUAAGACUUACACUACAGAUUGAAAUUACUUUAAUUAGGAUUACUUACAUUACAAAUUGUGACUAGUUAUUAUACAAACUCAUACGACUGACUAACGUUACAAAUCAUACUAUUUUCUCAUUAGAAUUUAAUUUAAUGUGCAAUAUAAAAUGGAAAAACUUUCAAUAUAAACCAACAUAGUUUCUAUAAAUCAGACUAUUUUUCUCUAACAAAUCAAUAUGACCUACUUAUACAAAAAAAAAAAAAAAAUUGACCAACUAGAAUGACACACAUUACAAAGACCAGGAACUUAAAUUUACGUUUUAUAACUUGAGUGACUGAUUGGUAAUUAAUCAGAGGGCUAAAAAAGAAAAUAGAAAUAUGAUUGCGUUUCGUGCUCUGCUACUGCUAGAGAGUAGAGACAAAUUUUUAGCAAUUCCUUUUGUUCCAUCUCACUCUCACUCUCACUCUUAUGCCUUGAAAACCCUAUUCGAUCGCUUCGUCUUCUCCUAUUCCGGCGGCGUCUCUUUCGUGCUCUGCUCAUUUCGGCUUCGUCUUCCCCUAUUCCCUCCACCUCGGUCCCGCGGCCAUCAAGAGACGGCAACUCGGCAAUGACCAACGGCAAGUCGGCAAUGACCAAAGGUGGAACGAGCUCUUCUUCCCCAAAGAGCUUCUCAUGGAGAAAGAGGGGAGUGCUUUCACCCAUCCGAACAGCUCGGCACAAUACCUGCGUUUAUCGGGCUUUCUGCGAUGUAGCAGACGCUAGAGCCCGAAUCAUGAUUGGGAGGUCUAAGAAGUCAUCCGACCUAGAGUUUGCUAGGUUCUCCGCCUACAAGCUGUGGGCUAGAGAGAAGGAUUGGGCUUACGGGGAAGGUAAAAGUCGGUUAGAUUUCCACGAAUUCUACUGUAACCCCUCACGGCUUCUUCCAACGGCAGAGAGCUCCAUGGACGAUACGUUUAUGAAGUAUAAGCUGGCCGAUUUCCGGGCAGUGCUCCCGAAGGAGGAACCAAAUGCCGUAGAGUUGGUUAAGAAGAGUUUGAAGUCGGAUGGUCCGGUUAUGGGAGGAUUUCGUGUUCUCUAUGACUAUCUCGAAGGUGGACCAUACCUUGCAGCAGGAGAAAAUGUACCACUGAGCAAAGAUGAUGAACGAAGGCCUCCGAAGGUAGACGAUCCAUAUGGGCCUACCCAAUUGUCUCCCGAGGAUCAACCGCCUCCUGAAGUAGUCAAUCCAGUCGCAGCACAGGCACUGGCCGCUUCGGAGAACCCUUCGAACAAAAAACACAGAGGUCAUGCUGUGUGCAUCGUGGGAUUCUGCACUAAGGAAGGUCUCGACUACUUUGAAGUACAAGAAUCACACGGCAGGUUAGCUUGGGUGGAUGGCUUAGGAUGGUUGCCGUGGAGGCGUUCAUGUCGUUUUUUCUGCCAAAGCUCGAGAGAUGUAAUUAAUUAAGCAAUGGGUAUGUGUAUUCCUUGUCAUAUGAUCAAAAACUUAAUUUGUUGAUUUGGUGAUUGAUUAGUUUGUUGCUGCCUGUAGGAGGAGCUGAAUACAGUGGAGGAAUUGACUUUUGAUUAUUGCUGCAGCAUGCAGGGGAGGGAGGAACGUUCAACUAUCUAUUCUAUAGCUUAUAUGUAUAGGAUUCCCAGAAACUGCAUCCACGUUAAUUGAGAGUGAUCAUCGGGGAUACAUCGAUCCUCAAUUAGAGAACUAUAGUUGUUGAAGAACUAUUUCUGUUUGCUUAAUUAUGCAAGUAACAUAUCGUAGUAUGAAGGACGCAUUGAUAGAAUUGAGUAAUGGUGUGCACAAGGGCCUUGCUUCAGAUUUAGUUCCAAGUGCAAGUGGAUGGACUUGAUGGUAAAACAUUACAAAAACUUAAAUCAGCAGGGUAUAUAUAACGACUUCCUGCCCCUCCAAACUUAGGUUACCUAAUUAGCCUAAACUACCUCGGCGUUCCCGCUCCAAUUCGCAAAAACGCGAAUUCUCUAUAAUGCGUAUAAAAUUCGCGAUUUUUGUAUUAACAGAGCGCGAACUUCACAAUUAAGAGCGCGGAUCGCACCCGGUUUGUUAUCAAUGAUGCUCGACAACCAAUCUUUCUCAACAAAAUUUCCAGGAGAAGACAAAUACUUCCUCCAGUCGAAGACGGUUACGGUUGAUCUACAAUCCAUUGAAGGGCCAGAAAGAUCUAGAUUGCAUUUUUUGGGAUUUAGCAGUUGAUUAAUCUGUAGGGGCAAAUAUCGGAGUUGCCAUUGCGGGUCGGAAAUCCAGACUCUGUUUGUCUCUCCCUCUGUUUUUCUGGAGGAAUUAGGGAGGAUGAAGAAGAGGCUAUAAGGAACGAAGUUGGAAAUUGAUUUCGAAGUUGAAUCCUGAAAGAUCCAUCGGUUCCUCGAACGCCGUCGUGGCGGAGGAAUAGAGGCGGCAACGAUAGGCGGAGAAGCGAGGAUGAAGCUGAUAGUAACGGCGAUAGAGAUGCGAAGAGUAGAGACAUUGUUUUUACUUUUUAACGAAAAAGAGAAGCAGUUGCAUUUUUUAAUGUAAAUAAACGAUAAUUAAGAGAACGAUUGUGAUUCUUUUGCUUUCUAUUAUUAUAAUAUUAAAAAUUUAAUAGGUUUUGUGGAAAAAACUGAAAAUUUAAUUGUUCUGUAAUAUAAAAUGCAUAUCCGUAUGGGUGUUCUUGCAAAUUAAUUCUGAGAUUGAAUUUGUAGUCCCAAGGUGUCAACAAAUCACGUAAGCUAAUUUUGUAGUAGUCGAUAAUGAUUAAAAAAAUAUUUACUAAAAUCUCAUAAUUAAU